AUGGUUUGGCUAUUUCCACAUGGUGCUAUUGAGCUGGAGAAUGAUGGUGAAUCCCCGUUCAAAGUGAAUGGGCAACGGGUGAAGCACUACUUGGGAAACUCUAUAAAAGUAAAAGUUGUUAAUGAUAUGGACCUUGGUGAAUCUGUGGUGGAUGAUGAAGAUAAUGAUGAUGUUGAAGGUGAUGAUGAUGAUGAGGGGGAAUCUAGCUCUAAGGAGGAUAAUGCUGAGGGUAAUGAUGGGUUCAAAUCUGAAGAAGGGGAGAUUGUUGAGAAGGAGGUUCCCAACAUAUACAGAGUUGAUAGAUUGAAUAAUGUGGCUAAUGUUGAUGAUGGUAAAAGAGAAACAAAGAGGAAAAAGAGAAAGAGAACUGAGAAGAAGAACAGUGAGGCUGCAAAAGAAGCCAACAUAAAGGAUGAGUUGGACUACUAUACUAUGGUUCGUGAGGUUGCAGAAGGAGCUGGCAGUUCUAAAAUAUAG